AUCAGCAGAAGAAAUUGAUUUAAUGCAGGCAAGAGAAGAGUCCUUCUUAGCCGAAAUGAGCACAACUGAUGAUAGCGCAAAAGCUGGGAUUUCUUUAGACGAAACUAGAACUGAGCCGGCGGUUAACGUUGAUCGAGAUGCAGAUACAGAAGAAAUAGUGCUUAUGAAUGCCAGAGAGGAAUCCUUCCUUGCUGAGAUGAGCAAACCGCAGACUCCCUCGGAUGCGAAACCAAACGAACCUUUUGGCAAAACCAAGCCUGAGCCAACGGUAACCGUUGAUCAAGAUGCCAACUCAGAGGAGAUUUCACUUAUGCAUGCGAGAGAAGCAUCUGCGCAUGAUGUUAAGCAUGAACAGCAACAAAUCGUUGACCCAACGGCCGAAGAAAUAGUGCUUAUGAAUGCCAGAGAGGAAGCCUUCCUUGCUGAGUUGAGCAAACCGCAGACUGAUGAAGCUGAAGUGCGUAUCCAACCUGUGGUGGAACCACAAGCAAAGAUCCCUGAAAACAUUGCUAGCCCAACAGCAGAAGAAAUUAAUUUAAUGCAGGCAAGAGAAGAGUCCUUCUUAACUGAAAUGAGCACAGUUUCUGGCAUUGAUGAUGCGGAGAUGGCGCAUCAGAUUGAGUCAAGUAAUGCGGCAAGUGAAUCGCGUAAAACAAAAGGUUCGAAGGAUGACUCCGAAAAACAAGCAAUGCUACAACCGACGCCGGAAGAAAUCGUCGUGAUGAGCGCUAGAGAAGAGAGUUUUUUGGCUGAAAUGAGCACUACUGUCGUUGCUGAUAGUGUACAGAUGAUCGAGAACGUAGCAGAAAUCCUACAAAACUCUGGACUAGAAGUUGCAAAUAAUGCAGUUAGCAAAUCUCAGAUAAAUGCAGGAACUGAUCCGACUGUGGAAGAGAUUGUUCUUAUGACGGUCAGAGAGAAUCUGAAUCUGAAAUCUGAAGGGACAGAAACAGAUGUAAAGACGGCCGACGAUCUUGCUUCUCCAACGUCAGAAGAUAUUGAUUUAAUACAGGCAAGCGAAAAAUCAUUCCUUUCUCAAAUGAGCAACAUAGAUGAAAGUGGUAAUGCUUCUGUGAUCGAGAUUAAACCAGAGCCAACCGGUUCUUUAGAUGCUAACAAAAGUGCGCUAAUGCAAGCAACCAAACCUUCAAGAGAUCUAGCGGUGCAGGAGGAAGUCAUUGAUUGUAGACCCCAAGGUAGUUCAGUUCAUGAGCCAACGGCCGAAGAGAUUGAUCUUAUGCAUGCACGAGAGGAGUCAUUCCUUGCUGAAAUGAGCCGAGCUGUAGCUCCCCCUGCCAAAAAAUUGGAACACAGCCAAGACCCUCAGGUAGAGCAUGGAUUGCACGAGGGCCCAACAGAAGAAGCGAAAUCAUUGGUGGCUGAAGCAAAGGCACAGGCUGAUACGAUACCAAAGGCAGACAGGGAUCCCAAACCAUCGGAUGCCGCAAAUGCUAGCUCUGUUUCACCGAUUAAAGCAUCAGAAGCCGUCAGCUCAUCGCCAGUGAAGGGACAAAAGAAGAAACAAAAGGAUAAGUUUAAGAAGAUCAGAAAGAGCGAUGCCGCUAGUAUGGCCGCGUUUCUUGAGGAGGAAAGAAAGGUGUUUGAAGCGGAGACAGUGACGGAAGCUAAACAAGUGCAAACCGUUGAACCGAAUCCGAACCAAACGCGUGAACAAACAUCGCCAGGUUCAAGCAUAACUAAGGAACAGAUAGAAACGAUCAUCGUUGGUAUAAACUUCGAUCGACAGAAUUCAGUUCCGACGGUGGCAAACGAGUCGGUAGCCGUUACCCCAUGUGAACCGCCGGAAACCACAUUCGAAGUCAACCUUCCCGAGAGCCCGGUAAAGAGUGUGAAAGAGUUUAGAAGCAAUCUGGUGUUUGAGGAUUAUGAUUUCAUGACGGGUUCACCGGUGAAACGCAUGAUGGAAAGUAAUCUGGAGGAUAAAAAUGGUCGACCGAAGGCAGGCAAGUUCAUGCCAAAGCUCGAAAGCAUUCCAUCGGAUGCUGAUCUGCUGGGUAAUGGUGGAGAUAAUAAUGGAAAGACAACGGGAUCACCGACGAACGUAGCUGCCACAACUUCGGUAUCGAGUGUAACGACAACAACAGCAACAACCACACAGCGGUCAGCUUCCACCAAUCAAGAUACGUCGACGGAUACAGGCAAGGAAGAUAACGAUCCGGUGCAACGUAUACUGAUAAACUCUCGGUGGCGCGAUAAUCGACAGAAAAUUUCCAUGAUCACUCACGAGGAAGUCCUGCUUCAGCCUAUUCAAAACAUACGGCUAUCUCUGCCCAAAGUAACGGCGGAAAGAAUAGAAAUCGCUCCUAAGGAUGUGACGAUAGACGUGGUUCCGUUGGAGCCGAUCGUGCUAGAAACACCCAAAGACGAACAGACCGUACAGAUUGAUGAUCUUCCUGGGCAGAUAGCCACGGAAGUGUCGAUGCUGGAUAUAGCUCCUUCCGUUGUGUACGAGACACAGUCCGUGGAUGUGCUGGAGAAAGAGGCUUCGUUGCCCAGUGCGGACGAUGUUCAGUUGAGUAUGGUCGUGGCAACAGAAGCACAACAUCCUUCAUCAACCGAGGUCGCUGGAGAGAUGACUCUGAAAGAAACGCAAGAAUCAUCUCAACAAAUCUUUACCACGACGACCACCUCGGUCAUGUAUCGUACAACCACUAUCACCUACAUUCAAUCGGAUGAACAGGAAGAAAUCAAUGAAAUCUACACCAGCCCAACAGUAGUAGAGCAGACUAUCACGACGGUGACGGAACAGGCAGAUCAUAGCUCAGAUGUGAAUCAAAUAAGAGAACAAUCGGAAGCCACUGCUAUCGUGACGAGCGAAACUGAGAACCAAGCCAAUCUAUCAAUUGUUUCGCAAGCAGAUCGUAGUUUGGAAGAGCAUUUGGUUACGCCAAAUGCGACGAUAGUGGUUGACGAGAGUGAACCAAUCGUUAGCAUCGUUACCGAUGACGAUCAGCAGGCUGUACUGAAUAAUUCAGUGUUUUCGGAGGCUGAUCGAAGUAUGCGAGAAGAAAUCGUCGAACAGGAAGCGCUCCAAUCGGUGCAAAAUUCUGAAGCAGAUGAAUCGAAGCACAACGAAUCAUUUGUUGAGCCAGUAUCUGAAGCAGCAGCUUCCGAAUCGCUUUCAGAGGAUGGCAAGACGGUCAGUGUUUCAUCGGUAACGUUAUCGGGCCUUGAGCUGGACAAUGUGUCAUCUUACAGCUAUUGGCAGUAUCACGAUGCAGAACGGCAUUACGCACAGCAUUUUGUGUUACCAGCGGUUACGAGUGGCGCAGCCGAAACGGAAACAACGGUGGUGGGGAUGUCGACGUCACCGGCGGCUUCGGUUGACGAGGAUCAAAUUACUGAGGAAGCGAUUAUGCAAUCGCAACCUAUGCCGGCAACUUCGGUGGUGAACGUCUCAGACCAAGUGGUGGAGCAAAAGAGAAUGGAUGGUUUGAGCAUUAAAAGUGGUGACGAUGGUGUGGUGGUGAUGGCAACGACUGAGCAACAAGAGAAACAGCUGGAAGAGAUUUAUCGCACAUUGCAGCAAUCGUACCUUAGCGUAUGGCAAUUGCGUGAGGCUGAAAACGCGUAUCAACAGAUGCAAGGACAUCAGGAGACAGUGUGCGAACCGGCACAAUCCUCGAAGGAAGUAGUCAGUGACGCCGAACUACGGGUGGAUGCAGUGCUCAGAGAAGGAAAGGAAUUGACAGGUCCCUUGGAAGAUGUUAUCGAUACGGAGGAGUCGGAAUUAAUAGUUAUGCGGGACCAGUCUCGUCAGGUUGAUAGUGAGCUAGAGGUAAUGAAAGGGUUGGCAAGUUCCGUUAGUAAUUGUUGGCAACUGAGGGACGCUGAACAAAGAUAUGAACGGGAUCGUGCAGAAGAGCACGUGACUAUACAGCAAGUGGAUCGAGAGAAAGUUGCUAUUGAACAAACUGACGCAACGGCAUUAAUCUUGGCUUCUGCACAAGAAGGUGUUUUUCUGGAUGUAACACAACAGAAGCUUGAGGGCGUGAAGCUGGAGAUCGUCCAUGAUCAACUUACUGCCAAUAACGAAUCAGUACUUACUGAGCAGUCAGUUACUUCUGGCGAAGAUCCACUGAUGAAAGAUGCUUUCGGAUUUGUAGAAAAUCCUUUGGUUCAUGAAACUGCUCCUAGCUUUGACACUUAUCAACUUCGCAACAGCGAAAUGAAAUAUGCUUUAUUGAAGGGACAACUCGUUCAACCAGAAGUUGAAAACCUUCAGUUACUGGUUUCGGAUGUCGAGGUACCAAAGGAAUCCAUAUCAGAUUUGGUACCGGAAAUGGCAUUAAGUGCAUCAUCGGUUUCUAUUGAUUUGCCUGUGGCCACGCCAGAAAAUCUCGAGAGUCCUCUGCAAAAGAAUCCUGUUAAACAUAAUCCAUGGGAUUAUGAGACGGUUCCGUACUACAAUGCUCAACAGCUUUGUGAGGGUGAGAUGAAAUAUGCUCUCUUAACGAGGACCACUGUACUACCAGAGUCUUCUGACCUUCAGAAUGUUGCCUUAGAAGCCGAAGAAAAAACAGACGAUCAUGAUCAUGGAGAAAAACGGCCUGUGCAGGAACCUUCGGCAACCGUUUCCUCGAUAGCAGCUAGUGAAAACCUUCAAGUGGUACUAGAAGCUGAACCUGUAGCGCAUAUUUCUAAAUCGGUUAUGAGACUUAAUGCGUUGUACUACGAAGCUGCGCCAUAUUACAACUUGCGUUCGCUUCAUAACGCUGAAGAUCAAUAUUAUGCAAAUCAGCAACGCGAUAGGGAAUUAGUAGUGCCAUUGGAAGAAUCUCAAGAGGUUUCCGAUGUAUUGAGCAAUUGUUCGAAGGAAAAAAUCUCAGCUAUUGAAAAUGAAUGCAUGGUUGAGAAGAAUCGAGUCGUUGAGGCUAUAUUCGAACCGGAUAAUGAAACUACAAAAGAUGUGCUCCUUGUGGCACAUGAUACUGGUAUUGCUGAUAGCGAAGGUGCAGAACAGUGUGUGCAGUUAGAAGAAGCAAAUAAUCUGUGUAGUGUAACUACUACUGAGGUAAUAGGGACAUCGUCUGAACACUCGUUGGUACCCUCGGAACAAGCAGGUGUUCUCGAGAAAGCUCAAAACGAUGAAGAACAAGAGCUUCGUCGUAUAUCUGAGGCUUCAAAAUUGGAGUGUGCUGAUGGUAAAUUUAAUGUAAAUCCAUCUUACACUAUUUUAACAGAAGAAACAGCGCUUGCUGGCUUGGAACAGCUUUCACAAGAAGCCAAUCAAUCCGUGACCAUUGUUGAAGAGAAGCUGCUUUGUGUGGAGAAGAAAAUAGAAGUGUUGCCAGAGCAACAAUCGGAUACGGCGGUUUUAGAUGAUGAAGAAAUAGAGCUUCGCCGAUUGUCCGAAGCGUCAAAGAAGGAAGAUGUGGUUUAUCAGAGUGAUGCUUAUCCAUCAAUGGCAAUUCCGACAAAAGAAACUAGACCAGAAAUGGAUGUAAAUCUGUUACCAGUAGAAAAGUCAGCCGUGUUAGAGAUAGUUCAAGAUGAUGAAGAACUAGAACUUCGUCGUUUGUCUGAAUCUCAGCAGUUGGAGCCCUCUGGAGAUAAAAUUGCUGUAGAUGCGGCCGAAAUCACUUUUGCCCCUGAAGAAAUAUCGGAGGUAGAAGAGAAAAUACCGCAAGACAAUGAUGACACAGUGGACAUUGAUCAACAAGUGUUAGUUUGUACAGUGAGCGAUGCAGCGCUACUGUUAGUGGAACAAUCAGAUGAGGUUGUUCUAAACGAUGAAGAACUAGAACUGCGUCGUUUGACCGAAGAAUCGAACAAGGAAAAUUUAGAAGAAAUAUCAAAAGGUUUAAUAGAACUUACACAAGACAUUCAAGAGCUGAAUAUCGUUGCGGCUGAAAUAGAGGAUGUAACUCAAACUGACCUCCAAGGGCAGAUUUCUCAAAAAUGUUUGCCCGCGGAAUUUGAACCGUUGCCCACUGAUGUAGCUACCUCCAUCGUUGAAUGCACUGUAGAAGAGCAAACCGAGGUUUUGUACGAAGUUGUUGGAAGAACUGUGAUUGAGUGCACUAUAGUUGGAGAAGAAGUGCAAAGUGAUCUUCCAGAGCCUAUGGUUGUUAUCGAUUCGAAACCGGUACCGAUGGGCACAGAUGGAUCGAAGCAGCUAGAUUCAGUUUCGACUGAUUAUGAAGCUCAUUCAAAACAUUUGCAGGAUUCAGAGGAAUUGUUUUUGAUAGAGAAUCGUCAAGAGUCAAUCGAAAGUGAGGAGGAACCAACGGUUAUACAUAAUGUUGUUGCACCACUGGUAUCCGAUUUGCAACAGUCCGUUUCUCAAUCAGAUGUUUCAAUCGUUAACAUUCCUUUGGAAUGUGGUAUUGAGAGCGGUGGGGUUGAAGUGAGAAUAUCAAGCAUUGAAUCCAGUGAAGUUAUGGUAGAGUCUUCGAGCUCUUCUGUGGAACAACUGGAUGAGGGAGAAAUGAUUGUAGAAGGAAAAUUGCUUGUUGAGGUGAAUAUUCCACGAAAGGGAACUGUUAAAGAACCAGAAGCUACGGGCGAUCUUUUCGAACGGAAAGAAAAACGUAGAAAAGAGAAGAAAGAGUCUAAAAGAACUAAAGCUAUCAAGGAAUCCGUUCAAGCACCAUUGCCUAGUGCUGCGAACGCCAUUCCAGUUGAACCAUCGCCUGUAAAUGUUUGGGAUCAGCUGAAGGGAAAGAAGACUUAUGCAGAGGUGGUCGCGGGACGUGAAGCAGAGCGUAAGAGAUUAGCUGAGGAAAGAGCUCAGGGACCGAUGGUUAGCCUAGUUUCGGAAUUGAACAAAGCAUCUGCAAAGAAAGUAGAAAACGUUCAACCUAAAGAUGCAGAACCUUACAACGAUCCCUCAUUAUCACGUAAGGAAAGCGUCGUUGAAGUCGAAUUGACCGAUGACCAAGAUCUGCAGGACUUUAUUGACUACAACAAUACAACGAAAAAACGAGUUGAAAUAAGUAGUUCAUGGGCUGAUGACGAAUAUGAAGAAGAAAGCUCGUCAAGCACUUUUAAUACAUUAGCACAAAGUAUUGUGUUAACAACUAACCCGCAAGCAUCCGAUGAUCCAAUUUCUGAUGUUGUGUCAGUGACGAAUGUGUCCUCAGAGCCUGUUGUGGAAAGUGUUAAUUUGCCAGAAGGUAGUGCAAAGCAGCCAUCAAAGGAGAAGAAACAAAAGAAAAAGCAAAAGAAAGAAUUGCCUAAACCAGUUGUUCCGGAAAUAAAGGAGGAAGUAGUGAGCAUAAUGGAUACUCCAGAUACAGCACACACAGUGCAAACGACUGUGCAGAGCAGCGUUUGGCAAACGGGACCGCUAUAUGCUGAGGUUGUUGCACAAAAUUUGCACAAAGAGAGCAUACCGUUUAGUGAGGACGGUCACGAUCCGAUUGUUAUGUCUGAACCAACAAUGGAGGUGGAGUGUAUUUCCGUUAAAAAAGAAAUGGAACCGAAAGAGACACAUGUAGCUAAGAAAAAGAAAAAGAAGCUGGUUAAAAAAGCUGAACCGACUUCGUCCUUGGUAGAAACGGUACCUGCAGAAACAAAAAUUGUGACAGAGUCUGUUGCGUCAGAGCAGAUUUCUGAUGAAAUAGUUGCGUGUAAAGAUCCAAAUGGGGCCGAUGGUGCAAUCAUGCUGGAAGUCGGAAGCAACAGUCAGGAUGGAGUUGAUUCAUCUGUUCUUAACGAGCAGAUCGUAUCCACCAUUCCUCUGAAAAUUGAUGAAUCUUUUGAUUCACAAAGCAUGACCAUCGUAAACGAACCUGAAAAGGACAAUGUACAAGAACCAUUCUUAGAAGAAGUAAAGAGUGAGCCACUAGAACGCGACCAAACGCCAAGCAAAUCUAAGAAACAGAGGAACAGGAAUAAGAAAAAGUGUCACAAUGUUUUGGAGGAACAGGAAUCGACAGAGAGUGAACCCAGUAAUUCAUCACAACUCAAUUUGAUUCCCCUAUCGGAAUCACCAAAAGAAAUAGCUCAUUUGCAGGAGCAUUCCAACGUGGAAGAGGAACCAUUAGAGGAACCAAUAGCUCUAGCCACGGAUCAUGAGAAGCACGUGAAAUUUUCUAGAGAUCUUGAAAUUCUAAAGGAGGUACCUUUAUCGGAGUCUCCAAAAGAAAUAGAGCAUCUUCUGGUGCAUGCGCAUGGUCACGAGAUCCCGUCGACGAUUGAAGAGGAAUCAUCCAUUGCUCCGGUCGUCGACGAUGCUCACAAGCACGUGCAUUUUGUGAAAGAGGUUCAAGUUCUUCCCGUUGUUCCCAUGUCAGAAUCGGCCAAAGAAGUGGAACGAUUGUCACUGAAGGAAUUUGUAAUUGUUGAAGAGCCAGAAAAUGACGCCAAUUCUUCGCCAACCUCUGCUCUGGAGGAAAACGAUACUUUGUCUUCAAAGGAUAUAGAUGAGAGUCAAAAGCGGGUACAUUUUGAAGAAGAAGUACUAGUGGUUCCGGUUGUACCACUGUCGGAAUCUUCGAAGGAAGUGGAACGAUUGAGCCGCAGUUCGUCAGUUGAAGAAAACAGUCUCACUAGGAUGGAGGAAACUCCAGAUGAGGCAUCCAUCUAUUCGGAACAAGUAGAUGCACUGAAUAAGCGUGUGCAGUUUGUAGAGGAGGUGCUGAUAGUCCCCGCUGUUCCGUUGUCGGAGUCUGCAAAGGAAAUCGAGUGUUUAAAACAGCAAGAGCAGGCUCCCGAUGUUAAUGUGUAUCCAAUCCAUGCGAACAUGGAAGAGGAUAUUCAGGAAGUUCCAAUCAGAGAGGAAGAAAGGGAUGAUAAGCGGGUACAGUUUGUGCCGGAGGUAGAAGUGUUGCAAGUUGUACCAUUUUCGGAAUCUGCCAAGGAAACCGAUCGUCUAGAAGGGGAACCAAAUGAAGCAUCAUGUUCGGAGCAUGCGCAAUCACCAUCGCCAGAUUCUGUUGAUGAAGCCAGUUCGGUUGAUCAAAAACAGAGGAGGGUUUCAUUUUCGAAAACGGUCGUGAGUAUUGAAUUAGAUGAAGUGCCUAACAGUGAUGACGAGAGUGAAUUUGAGAUAAUCGAUAUGGCUGAUGUUGCACAACAUUGUGCUAUAAUCCAGGAGCCACCAUUAGUAGCAGAAGAAGAAGAGCAAGUUUUUACUGAAACAAGAGAUAACGUGACACCAGAAGAGGUCGUUGAUGAGAUUAAAGCAGCUGAAAAGCGCUCCUCUCAAGCGGAAUCCUCUGCCCAAUUACGAUCCACUGAAAAGAAGGCACAUAAAAAACAGAAAAAAUCCAAAAAGGGAUCUGUCUCCCAACCCUUGGAACCAGUUGGUAUGGUAUCAGAGCCUGAGACCUCCAUGGCCAGCUCUCCUGCGACAAAUUCCCCGUCUGGGUUGUUGUACUCUGAAGUUCUAGCUCAUAAACCAUCUAAAGACUCGAGCGAACCGGCUCGUCUACAUGCGCAAGUCUCUGAUUAUGACACUGAGACGAUAGUGACGGAGAACUAUGUUGUCAUUCAAGAAAUAACAGUCGGUAGGAGCGAAGCACCACCAUCGCUUUCUGAUGUAGAUCAAUCUGUUCAAGCGGAAAUGUUGCCAACAACCAGCACGGAACAGCAAGGGCCCUUGGCCGGCCAGUCUGGAUUUGAUUUACAGUUAAUGGAUGUACGAACUGAAGAGAAGGUUCUUGUACCAGCCCCAGAACAUGUGACAAUGCAGGGUGUUCAUGUUGAUCUAUCGUUAAUUGCUAGUCAGGGUGUGGCGGAGGUAUCAGAAGGAAAGUUAUCAGGUUUAGAGAAAGAUUUUGUGAAGGAAGAAGGUUUGUACGACAUUGGGCAGCAUGAAACAUGGUCAGAUCAACCGUUGCAUGAUGAUAUGGAAGAGCAAUACUUAAUCGCGAUGAAACACCAAGCAUUCCAGGAUGCUUGGCCAACUGACUCGCGUGUAGCCGGUGAAGACAUUGAUCGUUCUUCGGAGGAUGUACUAGGUACUGGCAAGGCCUUUGCUUUGCCGAUCAUUUCGCAAAUUUCUACCGAACCCAACGCAUUGCAACCAUCUCCACCAUCAGCAACAGCAACAGCAGCCGCAAUAGCAACAACAGCCCUAGCGCCAGCAGCAACAACUAAUCCCAUACUAACACUCAACCCCGAUGUUCCCCAUGGCGAGCUACCCUUGCUAAAUCCUGACGCACAUCCCAGUGUUAUCCAACAUUCCGAUUCCAAUCCACAAACCCCCAUCCCCGCUCCCACCGAUGCCCCAUUAGGUUCAACGGACAGCGUAGACAUAAGUAAACAGAAUGUGGCUGAAUGCACACUCAGUAAACAGGCACUGGCGCAAAGUGUUGAAAGUAUUCUGGACUCGCUGAUCAGUGCGGAACUAGAGAUGAACAAUCUACCAUACGACAACGUGAAUGAUCUCAUCAAGGGACUACAGAUCCUGAUAACGAACUUAGCCGAGUACAAGCAACAAAAUUAUACCAUAGCGAGAUCGUUGCCCGCAAAUGCGGAUAGCCAUGUGCGCACAUCCAUCGAGCAGAUUGACGAACGAAUCGAUACGUUACGACAACGAGCUGAGAAUGGCCUUGAGAAGAUACAGCAAACACUGAAACAACGCGAACAAAGGAAAGCGGAAAUAAGGGACUAUCUGGAGCUACUGGAAGAAAUCGAACGAUGGAUUGCCGGUGCAAGUAUCCACUUGACAGAGGUAAAAGAGUGUAGCACACCGGAGGAAGCUCAACGACGGCUACAGGAAGAUAGUGCUGUGUUGAGUGAUCUGCGUAGCAAGGAAGCAUAUCUACAGGAUGUGUUGGAUAAGACAGAACCCUAUUUGGUAUAUAAUGAUGUGUCCGAGCGUACCGUGACCUUGCGUGAGAAUCUCAUUCUACUGAUUCGAGUGUUACGUGAAAAGGCGUUGAUACUGGAAAAUAACAUUCAACGGCUAACUGCGCAUCUUGAUCCUGCUCCAAUCCCAUCGGUACCAGAAUCGAUUGCAACAUCAGUCGCACGGGUAGAUAUAGAGAGCCAAACUAGCCCAUUAACAUCACUGCAGCCGAUUGAAGUCGCGUCGCCGGAGCAACGAGAACUCGAUACUACAUCCACCUUGCGGAUAGCCACACACGAAUCUUCAGUGCAGACACAGGCAGAUGAGCACGUUACCGAUAACAUACUGAUCAUCCAGUCCGUUGCUAAUGGUCGCGAGACAGUGCAAAUAUCGAACGUCCCCCGAUCGUACGGAUCCAUCGAGGAGAGAAGUGAAGAUGCAGUGGUGGUAGAGGCCAAGUACACGCAACCGACCGAAGGAAGGGACUCGGAUCGUUCAUCUGAGUUGUUGGUUCGGAACAUCCCCAGCCAGUUUGAGACAACGUUUACCGAACCGGAUGAGACGACGACUGAGAUAAUUGUGAAUCGAGACGGAUCGAAGAAGAUUACGCUGAGGAAGGUUGUGCAGGCAGCACAAUCCAUUGAACCAGCGGCUGCGACGAGUAAGGCUUCAAUCGUCACUUCUAUCGAAGCGGUAGCUCACGAAACGGAACCAGUAGCUGUGGAAGCUCAAGGAGUUGAUGUUGAGCUAGUGAAGGAAGAGCCUUCAGAGAAGGUGGCCGAUCAGCCAUUGGUGAAGGAGGUGGCGGAAACGGUUGUUACCGAGAUACUGGAUGAGCUACAGAGACAGGUGAUCGACAAAGAACAGGCGGCUGUUGAGCAGCAACAUCAGCCAGAGCAGAAGGAGGAAGAGGAGCUGCUGCCGCAGGUAUUCGAAUCACAUGCUCAAACCGCACCAGUAGUAGAGUUGCUUGCUUCUCACGUUGAAUCACCAACUAGCACUAGUAAAGUAUUAGACGAUGCGACUGAAGCCGCUGUUACCCCGAUUCCCGAUGCUGACAUCAAUACCUUAAGCCUUAAUCAACCACUUACAGCCAGCGAGGAAUUGAGUACCGAGGAAUCGAGGCCGGUAGAAUCGCUGGAGGAGAUAUGGCCACCGGCCGAAUAUGUCGUUGGUAUUGUGAGUGUAGAUGAGAGGCCGAUACCAACUUCGAGCCCGCCCAAAUUGCCGGAAGCUAUCGUAACCCCCAAAGCAGAGAUUCAUGAUGACGCCGUCGCAGAUGAGAUAUGGCCGACGAGUCCGAUUCGCGGCUCAAAUUAUAUAGAAAUUGAACCGAAUUUGCUUAGUUCGACUGUUGUCGGUGAGCAAGAAACCGUUGUUACCAUUGUGCAAGAAGAUACUGAACCAGUAAAGGUAGAUCCAACGCAGGAAAUCAGUGUACCAAUUGCAGUGGACGACACGCUUCCGGUCGAAACCGUAAUAGCUCCGUUCCCGAUUGAAGUAGUAUUCGAUGAACCUGCUAUUGAUCGUAAUGCUACUGAAGAAAUCCCUGUCCACAUUGAAUUACCGAGUGAAAUUGAGCGUUCAUAUGCUCCCGCGGAAAUUGUAACUGUAGAAGUGGUUGCUCCAGAUCACUCGCUGGUCCAACAUCACUCACCGCCAAAGGUUGAAACAGUGAUUACAAGAACGGUUGAUACGAUAGAAAGUCCUGACAACAGCACCACAAUCCUAGAGACAGUUGUAGUGACUAAGACGAUCACAACGGAAGAAGUGAUCGAGGUAGCGGAAGAACAGUUGGCUGAAAUGGGAAUGCAUCCCGGGGAGGGAGAAGAGCAAGUGAUUCUGGAAAAGGUAACGCAUGUAACGACCGUAGUGCAAGAGGUUGAAGAAGAAGAUCCUGAGCAAAACGUUGCCAUUUCUGAUGGAACCUGUGCCAUACGGGAGGUACCACAUAGCGAUGUUGUUGCCCCUGUAGCCGAUGAUGAAACGAAUCUAGAAGUGCAAGUGGCCACUAUAAGCAGCGAAACGCAGAGCACGUUAAGGGUCUCGAUGAAUGUGGAUCCUUCGGAGACAAAGAAGGUUAGCGUGAGUCUGAUCGAGAUUAAACCAGCAACUGAGGCAUCAGCUGAGGCAGCUGCAACCUCCGUAGAACCAUUGGCCGAGCAUGCAGAGGCUUAUGAGCAUGUUCCUGGGUUGGGAGCGGUGGAGAUUGAUCAAGGAUACGAGGCAGAUAAAACCACUGCUGAAGGUGAAGCAGAAGGCGAGACAGACGAUAAGGGUAAAAAGAAACGUCGAAAGCGCAAGAAGGGUAAACACGACAAUGAAAAGGCUUGCAAUACGGAUCCUCAGACGCCACGAGAUGUUAAACCAGUCGAUGAUGAACAGACGAAAGAAUCAGUUGAAUUAUUAUCGACGGCACAGGAAACAGAGCAGGGCUUUGAGUCGUACCAAAGUUUUACCGAAGAUGACCAGCAACAGGUCAGCACAGUGAACGUGUUGGAGGAAGCGGUGGGACCGGAAAUGAUCGAAGUGCCGAUAAGCAUACAGGAGAAAAUUGUAGUCCCAACGGAGGUGAUAGAAGCGGUCUAUAUCGAAGAUAUGCAACAGCAAACAUCGCCAGUAGAGUUCGAGCCACGUGCGGAGUUUAAGGAUGCGGAUGAUGCAGAGAUACAGAAUAUUACUUCUGAACGUUUGAUGGUACCGAUAGAUUGGGAGCAACGGUCCAUGCAAACAUCUCCUGAACCAGAAAUCCACCGUACCUCUCAGCAAACGUCUCCGAUGACGAUUGAGCAACAGGAGAUUCGCGAGCAAGAAACGAAGGAAAUUCAAACCACGAUGGUGGAAGCGAUGGAGAUAGAAACGCAAACAUCACAGCCACCAUCCAUGGUGCAGCAAGAGGCACAAACCGAGGUAACCGAUGAAGUGACGACGAGAGAAAUCCCGACGAAGCAGAUUGAUACAGUCGACACCGCCAAUCAGACGAUUCAGAUCGAAACAAGCGAACGGCAACAGCAAGCUACCGAUACUGAAGAGAUUGUAGGGCCGCUUUUGGGACAAAUCGUGCGCGAUGUGGUUGAUCCUGCGAUGGUGUACAAGGUACAUUCGAUGCAAACCAGUCCAGUAGAGUUCCGAGAAGAUGCACCAGUCGAGACCGUGAUAACAGCGACAUUAGACGAAAGUGCUCAGACCAUCGAAUUAGAAGUACGCGAUGCCAAUGUGGAAACUGAGGCGGUGGCGUUUGAAGAUCGUGGCAAUUCCCCUACUCCCGAAACGAUGCCGAAGGUUGAGAUUGUGGAAACCGAAGCUACUGCUCCACCACACCAAGUUGUAACGACGGAUACAGCAAUGCAAACGAGUCCAAUGCAUGUCGCCGAGGUUCCUGUUACACCCAAGUAUGAGAUAGAGGAUGAAAUUCUCAUACAAACGGCGGCACCCGUUGUGACUUCCGAGAGCAAGGAUAUGCAAACGGAACCAGUGCGGACUGUGGACACGGAUGCACAAACUGGAAUCACGGAAAUCACGGAAACCGUCACGAUAAGCACACAAACGAAACAAGAAGCACCGGAUCAAGCCGAGGCUGAUGGUGACAAGGAUACAAAGCGAUCGAAGAAGAAAAAAUCAAAAAAAUCCAGAUCCAUACCGAUCGAGGUCGAAGUUAGCACGCAGAUGAUAGUACCUAGUACGAGUGAUCGAGCAUUACCUGUUGGAACUGCCAGUGGCAAUGAAAUGGUUACGGUAACUAAAACGAUCGUAACAGAUGGUGGGGCACAGGGUGCUGGUGAUCAAGUGGCGACUGAUGUGGGUUUGAGCAUUCAAGUUGAGAUCGAUCCGUCGUUUGGAACGAUUGAACGAAGUUUAGCUAUGCAACCACGUGAGACAUGUACGAUCAACGAAUCUCUAGACCCAGUGCAAAGCCAGAGCAUGCGGCUGAGUUUAGCGGACUAUUUCUCGAUCAUCAAAUCGCAACAAGGAUAUGCGGAGAAACAGCUCAUACCGUGGCGAGAUAUUAAUGAAAUGUUUGCCAAACUGGCGGUCUCAGGAAGUUCCUCCAGCGAUCCUAGAAGGGAUCGGUACCGUGUUGCACUACGAUCGAUCAGUCUGAGUGGUGAGGAAAAUGAAGUCGCAGCAGAAAGUAAAGAUUUAGAGAAUGUGCUCAGUCUGCUACAGGCGCAUCAGGACGAGCCACACAUACAGCAGCAGCUGCUGUUCAACGUGGUCGAAAAUGUAACGCGAGUACUGGAAGACCUGGAUGGUGGCCUCUGUCUGGCUCGUCAGAGUAUAGAAGAUGGUGUGGCACCGCAAGUGGAUCAGGCGAGGUUGCACAGAACAUACAAGAUACGUUUGGUGCGAAUUGAAGAGCAUAUACUUCGCAUCAUAACGUAUGUACAGCGUUCGAAGAGUGGACCCAAUAAGGAGGUAGAUGAGUGCUUGAACCAUUUGCUACGGCAGGUAAAAAUGCUGCAGCAAAACGUAGCCCGCGAAGAGAAGCGUGUCGAUGAAAAUGCUACUGAUAUGCGUCGGAUCACGGAUGCAAUGCGUGAUCUGAACCAUCGUUUGGAAAGCAGCGACAGAGCGCUCCAGACACUUUCGUCGAAUGAAUCGAUUCCUAUUGGCCGAAAGCUAGUGGAGCUGGAAGAGAUUGAAGCUAGUUGUCGAUCGGUCCAGAACACGCUGAUGACUAUCACGAACGAGUACAACGGCAUUGAUGCUAGCGUAAAGGCAGUCGAAGGUAAUAACGUGUCCUCCGAGCUAGACCAAAAUACUCAGCAAUUGCGGCGGCUGGAGAAUGGUAUCGUACUCGAACGCAAUAAGCUGCUCCAAUUGAACGGGCUGGCGGAUGAGUACGAACAGACGUUGCUCGAGUUCCAGGAGAUAACGGACGCAGCAGAGCGGUUUAUUGAGAACGAAAUAGUGACGAACACGCUGGAGGAGUUGCAGGAGGAAAUGCAGCGAUACCGAAAAUUCUUCGUGAAUCUCAACCACUGUAAAGCCAUUCUGGAAUCGCUAGAGACAAACUUGGACCCAUUGACACGACAAAAGCAUGCCGAGCUGCACUCUGCCCUGUACAACCGUACGAAGCUGAUCUUGGAGAGGGCCGUUGAUCGGGCCGGCAAGCUAGCACUGGCCGCAUCGCGAUGGACAGUGCUAGAGAGGGAGAUGGUAGCUGAGAAGCAGUGGUUACAGGUGGCACAGCAGCGUGUACCGGAUCUGAGUAACGUUUCGUCACAAGAUUACGAGCGGUACAUAACGAUGUACGAGUCGCUGGAGCAGGAUAUCGCUCAUCAUCUGACGAAAAUGCAAUCACACAAUGUGACUGCUCGUCACAUGCAGGAACUGAUAACUGCUCCGAUCCUCGAGAAGGAUAGCAGCGAUGCACUGGUAGUGGCGAUGCAGUUACGCGAGGAAGUGCAGUUGUAUCUUCGAAUGCUAACAAAGUUCCGAAACCACUGGCAACGGUAUAACGUACAUGCCGACAAGCUUGGCGACUGGUUGCAUGUCAGCCAGGGUAAGCUGGCGAAUAUCAGCAUUGGUGAGAAUCUCUCCACUACCCCGGUCGAUGAUAUGCGCACCUUCUGGGAAAUCAAAGCCCAGUAUGAGGUGCUCAACAAUAAAGUGUACAGUGGGGCAUGUGACGCAUUUGAUCUCGCACUCGCUACCAUUCCUGUACAAGACGAGCAGAUUCAGCGGCAGUUACAUGGACAGUUGCUCGAAAGUUGGUAUGUGGUUUCCGAUCGUAUCGGCAAUCUGCAGCGAGGCAUCGCUGAUUCGAUCAAGACCACCACGACACCACCCAGCGAGAAGAUGGCAUUUAUUGAGCAGGAGCUACAGGAGAUUGGUCGUGAGUUCGAUGGUUGCAAGGCGGUCCUCAAGAACCAAGAGGAUCUGUACGGUUACAUAGAGAAAAUGCAGAUGCUGAAAACACGCAUUCAACUGAUCGACACCGAGCUUGGUCAGUUUGCGCUGGCGUUGGAUUAUGACACCGAAAAGGUGGGCGCCAUUUUCCAACUAUCACGCAACCUUUCAGUCCAGAUUGCCGAAGAGCUGGAAGCUGCCGAGACGUUCUACAAGCGUCUUGAGGAUAUCGAACAGGGGAUCAAGCAGCAAGAGCUACGGCUUACUGGGAUCGCGAAGACACUGGAUGAUUGUAGUGGUAGCGUGAACGGCAAACGAUCAGCUAUCGAUAAGGCACUGAUUGAUUGCAAAGAAUGUCAGGAAGCGUUGAGUCCAUGUUGGAACGAGCUAAUGCGUCUGAGACAGAUGCUUCACACGUUGCCGAUGAAUCUGAAGGUAUCGGUUUCGCCGCUACAAACUGAACGGGAUUUGUCGACUCUGCAAAACAUUCACAGCGAUCUGGAGCGCCGUUGUGAGCAGGUGAUGGCAAUGCUGAGAACGCGAGAAUCACUGUGGAACAAGUUCCAUCGGCAACUCGAUAUGAUCCAGGAACAUGUGCAGGAGACCGAGUUUAUGAUGGAAUUGCUUCAACUGCAAGAAAGUGCCGACUAUAACAGGCUCCUUAAGGCAACGGAGCGAUUGGACACCUUACUAUCUGACAUUGAAAAUCGAAAUGGCAUGAUCGAGGACCUGCAGAAGAUAGCACAACCGCUGGUGGAGUCCUCCGACGAGAGUGUUUCAGCCGAGAUACAGGAAACGGUUCAACAGAUCAGUGUGGUGUGGGAAAGUACGAGAGAGAAUCUACGCGAUUUGUGUGAUAGGUACGAAAAGGCGGUCAAACUGUGGCAACACUAUCAUGAUGUCUGUGAGACAGUGAAGGAGUGGGUGAAUCACGAGUUCACUGAUUACAACGAUCUGUGCCAGUUGGAAGAUCUGCCACAGGUCGAGGUGUACCAGCAGGCAUUGCUCGAUCAGCGCCAAGAGGUGGACAAAUUGCGUCAGCUGAUUGGACAGAUUAAUGAGCAAGUUGGGUUCAGUAUAGGCGACACGCUGCUCGCCGAGAUCGACGAAUAUUCCAAAAAGUUGGAGGAUAUAGAACAAGGAGUGACUGAACGGCGCGCAAAGGUCCAUGAUCGGAACGCGCUUCGUGUCGAGACUGUUAGCACCGCUCAGGCCUCGCGCAAUAUACUGGAUCACGUCCAAGAGAGCUUGAAACGGAAACCAGUGAAACAGAGUGCAGAUAUAGAGAAUCUGUGUAAUAAGGUCGUAGAUCUUCGUUCCUAUUUGUUGAGUUUGUGUGGUACGAUGGCACGCUUGCGAGAGAUCCAUGCCACGAGUAAUCAGCAAGGGGAACAAGACGAUAAAGGAAAUCUGCAAAACCUUCACUCCGCUUCGCAAAACUUGCUGCAAACGACAUACCAACAGUACCAGGAGUUGUUGCAACAGCUCGUAUGCACUGCAGAAGAUGAUGCCCGGCUGCUCGACUUUUGGCAGGAGUAUCUACAGUUCGUUCAGACGUUCCUUUCGGAGGACAUCCCGAGUGACUACGGACAGCUGCGAGCUCACCGGGAGCAGUGUUUGCUUAUUCAAACGUUGCUGAUAGGUUUACGGAAAGAGAUGUUACAGAAGGGCAAAAUCGAUGUCCAGCUUGUAGGGCGAUACAACGAGCUGAACCAGUUGUACACGGAACGGAUUGAACGAUACGAUGAACGGCUUACGGAGAUUGAUAAUCGGCUGUGGCACUGGGAGCGAUUCCGUACGCUCGGCACGAAGCUAUACGACACGUUGUCCAAUAUUGAGAGGGAAAAAUUUACGCUUCAGCUCGAGUACAUCAAUCUGCAGGAAUUGCCUAAGCUAAUUGGUAAGGUGAAUGGGUUGCUGGAACAAUUCCCUCGUAUGGAUGAGGAUGUAAGGGCUAUGGCGCAAGAACUGGGCCAGCUUGCACUGUACACGAAGGAAGAAAGUACUCUCACAGGAGCACGCAGUGAACAGGGCAAGAUAGCGGGUAAGAUUGGCAAACUGCAGGACAAUGUGGAAACGUGGAAAAACUUCCUGUUCGGCAUCGAUCAGUUGUAUGGUCGAUUUUCCAAGCAAGCCUACGAUACGCAGAACAGCUUGCAUGAACUAGAGGAAUCGCUUAAUGAGUUGGAAGCCGAUCAGCGUCGUAACGAUCUAUCUGUCGGUGGACAGGGGCAACUCAAUCUCAUCAGAAACCAUCACGAGCGUCUCAACACGGUUCGUGUGAACCUGGAGGAAGUGAGUCAACUACAGGAGGAGCUGAAGGCGUGCAUCAGUAUGUUUGAUGUACGUCGUUUGCACAAACGCGUGUGGAUUCUUCAGCAGCGGUACAUCAAGCUGGAACAGCGUGUGCUGGUGCUAGUGAAGCGUGCCGAGGAGAGCUCUCAAAAACGCAGAAUGUUUUUCGAGCAUUAUCAAGCGCUGUUGGGUUGGAUGCAGCAGUUUGAGUCGAAGCUGAACGAUUCCAACAAAUACGACUCCUGCUCCGAUGAUCGAGAGUUUAUCCGCGGAGUGGAGGAUGCGAUGCGCCAGGAACUCGGAUUGAAGGAAUACGACAAAGAGUGGUUGACGGCGACUGGAAAGGAUUUACUUUGUCAUUGUUCGAGUGCCGAGGAGCAGGCAGAGAUUAUGAAUCAUCUCGAAAAACUGAACUCGCAGUGGGACUACUUGCGGCGGUUGUGCGACAGUCGAACGCAAAAGAUAACUGAAAUUGAGCUCACCGUAAAAUCGCUGGAGAUUCGCAUCGCUGAAAUCAAGGCUUGGGUGGUCAGCAUCGAACGGGAGCUACGUACACCAUUCUCUAUCGAUAGCUUGGAGAAAACGAGCCUCGAUCGGUUGCUGGAUGACUACGAGAAGAUGCAACGUUCAAUCGAUACAAAUAGUAGUAACGUUUCAGAGGUGCUGAAUCUCUGUGAAUUACUGUUUAUUGACGUUCAGUCAUGGAAUGUGCACAUCGAUCGCCGUGGGAUUGAGAGCGACGCUAAGGAUUUGGAUUGGCGAUGGAAGAAUGUGUGCUGUGAGUCGAGCAAGCGAAAGCAGGAUUUGCUUGCAUUAUGGAAGGUGCUUUUGGAGUUGCAGAAGAUCGUAGAAUCACACCAAGGUUGGGUGUUCGAGCAGGAUCAAUAUAUUCAGCAAAGGAUGCAACUGCUCAGCAGCUUCAAUGGAGAGCAAAUGGCGGAGGAGCUUGAAACCAUCACCAUCCGUAUGAAUGACGUAGAAGUCCAAGAACCAAUUCAGACCAUUAUGCGGCGUUUGUACAUUUCAAUCGCUCACAACGAUCGGACCGAUAGUGAACGGCUUCGCUUCAUCACAGGCCCCGCGCACGAGAUGCUAACAAUAUGGGAACGGUUGCAAGUGCGGUUGUAUACACUUCGUACCGAACUCGAACGUUAUCGUUCAGAGUAUGGCACGUUUGUGGUUGAAUAUGAACGCAUUAUUCUGGCACUGACACAGAUUGAUGUGCAAAUUACCCAAAUAGAGCAUGUACCCGCAAGCAACCCUCUGGAUUGUCGUACGCCACAGGCGGAACUACAGCGCCUCCAAGAGCUACACAGUGAGUUGCUGCUAGUGGUUGAGCUGUUUGAAAAAGAGGACACGCUCGGAACGAGCCUCAUAGAGCGACAUUCCACAAACAAUACGAUGACGGAGGGCAUUCAUCAGAAAAUGGGUGAAUAUCAUCGAUUGGGCAACAGUAUUAAAGAGCGACUGGAUGCGCUGCUUGAGCGCGCCGCGGAAUCGCUAUCGGCACGAGAAAGAGACUCAGCGGUACAGGUGGAUACACUUCACUUGGGACGUAGCGAGUCCAUUACCGCCAAAGACGCUUAUCGGUAUCAGCUGGAAACAGCACUAGGAGAAGCCGACGCUAAUCUUCGGAAGUUACAAGAAUCCAUAGAAGCCAUCAACGCGAAUAACUUUGUCUCCUCGACUCAGAACGUUUCGAAGGCUUCGGCUGCAUGUGAGUCAUCGAUCGAGCUGAUCAGGCAUCUAUCUACGUUGCUACAAUCAGAAUGCCAAGCUACGGCAGAAGAGGCAUUCAGUGAGCAGGUCCAACAGGACGUGAUUCGGUAUCAGCGCCUUCUGGCAGAAUGGAAAGAUAAGCAGAAACAAUUGGAAGAGUCAAGGAUCAUACCUAAAGCUUACAAUUUUAACUGCAUACACAAUGCGGAUUAUCUGACUUGCCCGCUGUGUACGAACCGGAACUGGCAGCAGAUCGACAAUGAUCUUUGGCGGUUGGAGCAGUGGCUGACAAUGGCGGAAGCAUCGCAGCGUAGUCAACUGUCCAGCCCACCGUCCGAUAUCGAUGCCCUGGAGGACACGAUCCAAGAUCAUCGCGAGUUUUUGCUCGAUCUCGACAGCCACAAGAGUAUCAUAAAAUCACUGAACAUCGUCGGUGAACAUCUGGCCACGCAUACCCGUGACACGGAGCGUGCGGGGAAAUUACGCGAGCGGCUACAGAAGAACAAUCGUCGAUGGGAUACGGUCUGCAGUGGUGCCUCCAAAUGGCAAUCGGCACUGAACAGUGCACUGAUGGAGAACCGGGAGUUCCAUCGUACGAUUGCGGAAUUGAGUGGUUGGUUGGAGCAAACUGAAACCCGCAUCAAGGCUUCCGAACCAAUCGAUUUAACUAGUGAUGAACGCUCGGUUGAGAAGAAGUAUCGUAUGUUCCGAGAGUUGCGUGCGGAUUUGAUGCGCUGUGAGCCACGGGUUGUGAGUCUCCAGGAAACAACCUCACAACUGACCAAGUACGUGGACGCUAAUAAAUCUGAGAAGUUUGAUGAAGUCUACGCAAAAUUAACCGAUCUACGGUUGCGGUUCCACUCCAUUCGUCGUCUGGUUGAGAUGUACAUAAUAAAAAUCGGUGCAGCUCUUGGAUACGACAGCACUACUAGCCUGGGCGAUGUGGCCGCCUCUGCUUCCUCGUCGACAGCAUCCUUGGUGUAUGAUGGCAAACGUAGCCGUCGUCAGACGCCAUCUGAGCAGCAGGAGAGCGGAUCCCGUAACCAUCCACCAUUAGCAACGGCACAUGAUUCCAGUACAAAUGUCGGCAGUGGCGACACGGAACCCGACGAAGAUGUCAUCAACACCACGAUUCUACGGCGAAGCUAUCGUUUCUUGGGACGUGUCAUCCGUGCGUCGUUACCGAUCCAGGCCAUGCUGUUAUUGCUGCUCGGUGUCGUCACGCUCAUGCCCCACGGUGAAGAGUAUUCCUGCUCGCUGGCCAACAAUUUUGCGCGCAGCCUGGAACCGAUGCUACGCUAUCCGAAUGGACCGCCGCCGAUUUAGUGCACAAACGAACCAUUUGUCCCCCGUUUUCCCCAACAUCCCUCUGUACCUUUUCUUACGCGACAUCCAAGUAUUGCGAUCAAUCGAACGAACGUAAAGUGUCUUUCUCAUACCAUACCAUCGACCAGUGGCUGUUGUACAGUUCUAUUUAUCAUGCUGCACAAACAAAACCAAUGGCAACCCUUUUCAGCACAUAAACAUUAGAUAGGUAUAGAUGAAUUGACUGCUGCAGAGAGUUGAGGUUGAGGGGUUAAGUCAAUCGAUAAGUUUUUUUUUUGUAGGAAAUAAGUUCGGUUUGACCGAUCACAACGAAACAUUGUAAUAUUCGAGUAUUUUAAGCUUUGCUUAAACCAUCUUCUUAAUGAAGAUGUGUUUCUUCAAGCACUUGUUACCCUUUUUUUUUAAUUUUUUUUGUCUGCUGAUGAUUCGUCAUUUACUAAUUUAACUUUAAUUUUACACAAUUCCAUGCACUUACAGUUGUAACUCUUCGGAGAAGUAUUUAAAUAAAUAUAUGAUAAUUAUGAUAUUGCUUGAAUAAAAUGGAA